CAGUGUGCAAGGCAAGAAUUCCCUUUAAAGGUCUCACUGGGUGAAUUGCGCAGUCUGGGGGUGGGGGCACUCAGCAGGUGGAAAGCAGUUCCCCUUAGGCUGUGCAGAAGGGAAGGAAAGUUGGCUCAGGUAAUCUACCUGCAGAGGGCGGGGGCGGCCGUUCUGUGGCAGACUGUGUGUGUGGGGGAGGGUAAAUGACCUCAAAAGAUUAUCAGAAAAUAUUUUGCUUUUGGGUUACAGCAUUCACAAGGUGAGGCUAGGCUGGGCCUGGAACGGCCUGAGGAUCCUGCCUGGCUCUUGGCUCUUCGUAAUGGGCAGUCCUGGGGUUCACUGGGUCGGUGGAACUAGUUCUAUGCCCUGGCGCCUUGCUUACGUUCGCUUCGCUGUCUGUGCUGGCGGCACAUCCUGAGGUCUGUGCGCCAGGGAGCGCAAAGUGCCUUUGAGUCCCUCUGCACGCGCUGGGCUACACCUGGGCGUCUCCGAAGCUCUGGUGGCUGCACUUCUCGUGCAAAAGGCGCGUGAGACCCCGCACAUGCACCGGCGACUGAGCGCGCGCCCAGGGGCAGAGGCUGGUGCGGGCCGCGGGACCAGGACCUGCACGGGGUUGAGCGGUCACCGGCGUCUGUGCUGAGAGCUUACCGGGCCAGCGCGGUCACCUAUCCUCCCUCAGUCAAGCCUGUGAAAGCGGCUCCGACACGGCGUGCCUCUUGUUGACUGCGAGUGCUGGGUCCGUUCCAGAACGGGGGAGCAAAAGGCCAGACAGGAAGCCUCGAGUGCAUCUGGGAAGUCCAAGGCCGGCCCCAGGCAGGGGCCAGCCCACUAAAACAAAUGCGCGCCCCAGCUCCUAGCUAGCGCUCCGAAAACCUCAGACCCCCUACCUCGUGGGCACCCACUGGGCACCCCGCUUCGGCCCGAGACCUGGUUCUCGGCGCUGGGGGCUCCUCGGACAAAGGAUAAAUACCCUAGGACAGAGGCCGCAAGCGUGACCUUCGCCCAGUAUCGGUGGUGGGGGGGGACCAGCCUGGGCUCGCGCCCGACCUGCAAACCCCUCCUCGGCAGGUUCUAAGACAGCACUUUGGGGGCCGGUGCGGGAGACGCCCGCGGCUCCGGACCCUCCCUCGUCUCCACGACUCGCACGGCAGCCCUGGGCGCGCGGAGACAGUGACAACGGCAGCUUCGCGGCCCCACGCGCGAAGCGGCCCGACGGGAGCGCGCAGGCGCACACGCCGGAAGUCGCCGCCUAACGGGCCGGCCCGCGCCGCCCGGCCUGGAGGGGCGGGGCCCGAGCCCCUCGGCGCGCGGCGCCAUAGAGCGCUGUCGGAGGACCGCGGUCCUAGAGGCGUCCGGAAGUGGCACCGUGUGGCGCCCGCGGCGCAUCAUAGAGCCCGGGGGGCGGCGGCCCGGGGGCGGCGGUGAUUCCUUCCUAGAGCGGCGAGGACGGGGCGGCGGCCGGAGGGGGAGCGAGGAAGGGGGAGCGGCGCGGGCGGAAGCGGCCGGGAAGGUCACUUCCGGCCUGGGCGCCCGUCCCCCUGACCCCAGGGUCUGAGUCGCCGCUGCCGCCGCUGCCACCAUCCGCAAGGGAGGACGAGGAGGAGGAGUGUGGCACGGCGGCCCCGGGACCUAGGAGGGACCCAGACAUGGAGCUUCGGGAGGAGGCCUGGUCACCGGGGCCGCUGGACUCAGAGGACCAGCAGAUGGCCAGUCAUGAGAACCCAGUGGACAUCCUCAUCAUGGAUGACGAUGACGUCCCCACUUGGCCCCCCACCAAGCUGUCCCCAGCCCCGUCGGCGCCCACUGCGGGCCCUCCACCCCGGCCACGCCCACCUGCCCCCUACAUCUGCAACGAGUGUGGCAAGAGUUUCAGCCACUGGUCCAAAUUGACACGGCACCAGCGCACGCACACGGGCGAGCGGCCCAACGCCUGCAGUGACUGCGGCAAGACCUUCUCCCAGAGCUCGCACCUGGUGCAGCACCGGCGCAUCCACACGGGGGAGAAGCCCUACGCCUGCUCUGAGUGUGGCAAACGCUUCAGCUGGAGCUCCAACCUCAUGCAGCACCAGCGCAUCCACACAGGCGAGAAGCCCUACGCCUGCCCCGACUGCGGUCGCAGCUUCACGCAGAGCAAGAGCCUGGCCAAGCACCGGCGCUCGCACAGCGGCCUCAAGCCGUUUGUGUGCCCGCGCUGUGGCCGCGGCUUUAGCCAGCCCAAGAGCCUGGCGCGCCACCUGCGGCUGCACCCCGAGCUGUCGGGGCCCGGGGUGGCGGCCAAGGUGCUGGCAGCCAGCGUGCGCCGCGCAAAGGCACCCGAGGAGGCAGCCACGGCGGCCGACGGCGAACUCGCCAUCCCGGUGGGCGACGGUGAGGGCAUCAUCGUGGUAGGCGCGCCAGGUGAGGGGGCCGCAGGGGCCGCGGGCAUGGCGGUCGCGGGGGCCAGGGCGCCCGGACCCCGCUCGCGCCGCGCGCCGGCCCCCAAGCCCUACGUGUGCCUGGAGUGCGGGAAGGGCUUCGGGCAUGCGGCCGCACUUGGCACCCACCAGCGCGCCCAGCAUGGGGACGGCGCUGGGGCGGGGGGCGAGGAGCCGGCGCACAUCUGCGUGGAGUGCGGCGAGGGCUUCGUCCAGGGCGCGGCGCUACGCCGGCACAAGCGCAGCCACGCCGUGGGCACGCCCUCCGUCUGCAGCCACUGCGGACAGAGCUUCUACCCGGCCGGCCAUGGCCACGAGGAUGACGACGCUGCCGCGGGCCGCUGCAGCGAGUGUCGAGGUGGGGAGGCCCGGUAGGGGUGGCGGGGCCCGGGGGGGCACCGGGCCCCUCGGGCUUGGCAGGAGCCACUGGUGGCACAGCCCCAGAAAUCGGGAGGCGGACAGAGGGGUGCUACGGGCCCCACCGUCGUCUCAGCCAUGGCGUCUCCCGCCCUGGCCCUGCAAGAGGCCGCGGGAGCUGAAGUGACAGAGACAGGGCCACCUGGCCACGGAGCCAGAGAGGAAACACCCCCCCUCCCAGGGAAGGAAAGGGGGGGGGGCUUGCCUUCUAGAGUACUCUCAUAGCCCUACUGCCUCUGACCCGCUCCUUCUCGCGGGAACCCCAGUCUAUACUCCUGUGUUUGGGGUAGCUGAGGACUGAGGAGCAGCACUAGACCCUGCGCCAAGCGCCCCGCAGAAGGGGGGGCGGGGUCAAUAAAAGGCACUGUCGACUGCC